GUCGGAGUCUAACACAGACUACGCGUUCUUCCAGAAAACAACGACCUUUAUCGCCUACUAUAAAUUCUCCCCCAAAAUGUCACCACCGGUUAGAAUUAGGGUUUUGUAAAUACGCACCUUGUUUAGCUUAUGGAAUUCGGCGGAAAUCUUGACUUUUUGGACGACGGCGUUGACGUGAUCGGAGAGAUCGACUGGGAUUUCGUAUUCGAGGACGCGAAUGGGUUAGACUCGCUCCAGGAGUUGGAUAACGCGGCCGUCACGGCGGCGCCUGGGGCUUCGCCUUCUUCGUCGUCGUCAUCGACGGUGGAGGAUGCUCCGGCGAACGCGGAGUCGGGAUCGAUUGACACGUGGAUCGGCGAGGUGGAGAACAUGCUGAUGAAAGACGACGACGGGAGUAAGGUGGCUUCGGAGGAGCCGCCUAAGGAGUAUUAUGAGAACUUUUUGGCGGAUAUACUCGUGGACUCGCCGUCGACGGAGUCACCCACCGACGUGGAUUCAAAUUCGAAUGGCUCCGCCGAGUCGGACAAGGAGAAAAGCGGUGGAUCGCCGAUCAACAAUGAUACGGAUGCUGACGCAGACGCUGAUGAUCCUGUCUCCAAGAAGAGGAGAAGGCAGCUGAGAAAUAAGGAUGCAGCGAUGAGAUCAAGGGAGAGGAGAAAAAUGUAUGUCACAGAUCUGGAGAUGAAGAGCAAGUACUUGGAAGGCGAAUGCAGGAGGCUGGGGCGUUUGCUUCAGUGCUGCUAUGCCGAGAACCAUGCUUUGCGACUUAGUCUACAGAUGGGCAAUGCAUAUGGCCGUGGUGUUUCUGGUACCAAGCAGGAGUCUGCUGUGCUCGUUAUGGAACUCCUGCUGUUGGGUUCCCUGCUUUGGUUACUGGACCUCACGUGCCUAUUCACCCUGCCUCUAAUGCCCCACCUACUACUACUAACUCUAAAUCAAGAGCAGGCACACAAAGCUCUAGAAGGUGUGGGUCCAAGAGCAAGAGGGGGAGCAAGUAAGAUGAUUUUGGCACUUCAGUCUCAAUCUUUUGUAAAGACUAGGAGGUGCAAGGCGUCGAGGACGAAGAUGAAAUAUGCUUUUCUUGUCUCUUGAGUUCUAGUGAGCUUUGCUCUCCUCUCCCUUAAAUUUGAAGAACUACUGUGAAAAUCUCUCAGCUGGUUGGCUGGUUUUCUUUUAUUUGUUUUCCUUCAAUGCUGGUUCUUUACGCAUUAGGUGUAUUAGGUUAAAAUGCCGGCAGAUGGCCUUAUCGGGUGAACUAUUUGAUCUAUCGUUUACAUAAGCUAUGUUGUUAAGUAUGUUACGAAAUCUUUCCAACUCUCUUAAUAACUUUGUAUAUGUCAAUCAAUCUUUCCGACUAUGCUCUUAUUAACUUUGGAUAUAUCAAUUGUAUCUCGAGUCUCUUCCUAAAAUGAUGAUAUUGCUUCUUCGAAAGGGCUUUGCAUACGUUGUCUGUUGUUAAAGUAAAUUUUCCGCUUCAGACUGAUCCAGUAUCUAUUACUGUGGAGGAUAAUUAUGAUAUAGACGGCCGAAAUUCUAACAGCGGUCUUUACUUUAGCCAUUCAGAGACAUGUACGGCCGAAUCACUGCUUUGGUUCUGCUCAGUUCUGCUCACUGACCACCUUGGGGCUGCUUUCAAACCAUUAUUUUGCUAUUUUGCUUCCUUCUGUAGGGGACUCAAAACGGCAGCAAUAGAUAU